AAAUCAAAUAGCUAUCCAUGGAAUAUUAGAAUUUGACUUGUUCCAUUCUCUUAUUUUUGUGUGUGUCUCACACUAAAGAAAUGACAGAAUCCUAAGUCUCAACAGCUAGAACAUUUUCAUUCAAACUUGAAUAUUCUUCAAAGAGAGUGUGGGAGCGAUUCUAAUUAGAGGAAGAAACCUACAGGGAAGCAAAACCAGAUGUUUUCCACAAGAGUCCUCCUUUUGGCUGUUUUGAUUUCCACUGCACUGGCUGGACCAUGGGCUAAUAUAUGUGCAGGCAAGUCUUCCAAUGAGAUCCGGACGUGUGACAGCCAUGGCUGUGGACAUUACUCUGCUCAAAGAAAUCAGAGACCUCACCAGGGUGUGGACGUCUUGUGCUCUGCGGGAUCUACUGUGUACGCACCAUUCACUGGAAUGAUCAUGAGCCAGGAGAAACCUUAUCGAAACAAAAAUGCUAUCAACAAUGGUGUUCGAAUAUCUGGAAGAGGUUUCUGUGUCAAAAUUUUCUACAUUAAGCCAGUUAAGUACAAAGGUUCUAUCAAGAAAGGAGAAAAACUGGGAACUCUAUUGCCCUUGCAGAAAGUUUAUCCUGGCAUACAAUCACACAUACACAUUGAAAACUGUGAUCUGAGUGAUCCUACAGCGUACCUGUAAAUGGAAGACAAAUGACCAGAUCUUUUCAAUAAAACAUCAUCUUAAAACCCUGGAUGCAUAUCCUGCUUUUCAGGAAAACUAUGUUCAAAUAGAAAC